AUGUACUCGUGUAUGACAAGACCAAAUAUAGAGGCUCAAAUCUCCAUGCAGAGCCAGUCCUGCAGAAAGCACGUAGAGAUGCGUGGCUUAGACCAGUAUCCCCCGCGUUCUCCGCAACUUCCCGAGGUCGGGCAUUCCCCGCGGUCCGGCACCUCCCCGUCGUCAACGACGAUUCACCAAAUGGCCGUUCCGCUGCCACCAGCUUCCAACCUUCACGCCAUUCUUCUCGUAACCAAGUCGCGCUCGCUCGGACCGCGUCUUGUCUUUCACUAUCCUCCGUUAUCGCCGUCGGCUGCCGCCCUUGCCGCUGCCAAAGACCCAGCUUGGUUCCGGCACGACACCUCCACGGCCAGCGUCGAUUCGCGCAGCUCAGAUAGCGACUGGGACAGCAGCGGCGACUCUGAUGAUGACAACGAUAUCGAGAUUGGUAGUCGCACAAGUGGUGGGCGUGGUUCGGGGAGGACGGCGACGGGCCGAGUGAGCGACAAGUCAAAGCUUGGUGCCGGUGUAUGGGGCAAGCAGGAGACAAUUGAUGAGGAGGACGCCGAGGACAAUGACGACCAAGAGAGCAGCGCGAGGCGGAAUGGCGGCGACCACGAUUGGGAGACGGUAUUGGGCUUCAAGACGGAUGCGCUCGAGAAGAUGCUGAGCCCGAGCAAGGACUAUAACAAGAGGCGCUUCGAGUUGGGCGUUGAGAGCAUCGUCUUUGUCGGCGCGCCCAUGUUUGUCAGAGAAGACGGGUUGUGGAAGAAGCUGAAGCGGAAAAAAAAGAAGCUGUCAGACAAGCAGAAGCUCGAGGACGGCGACCUGGUCAAGAAUCUCGCAACACCCGACGGGGAAGACACCAAGACGGCUGAAGAGCCCACAAAGCCCGUCCCCGAGCCCUUUGUGUAUCCCCCUGGAUUUGAGCCGGGCUACGGUCAUGAUUCUGCUUCCAGCGCAGGCUCGGGUGCACCAUCGGAUGCAGGGUCAGAUGCACGCAGCAACUCGACAUCGCAAGACAACGCCCCAGACAUGACCAUGUUCAAUGUCGUCUUCGUGCUGAACCCGCCAGCGCUAGAAUACCAGCAACGCGUAAAGGAGAUGUACGAGAAUGUGACGCGCAAGUAUGCCAAAGCACUCAAGUACGAAGAGGCGCGCUUCCAAUAUGUCUGGAAAGAGUCGAAGCGUAUCAUCGACAUCAAGCAGCGUGCCAAGGAAACAAAUGAAUCCAUGACGGCAACAUGGCGCAAGAUAGUCAGCACUUCACCUCUUGCAAAGUCUAUUGCCAUCAUGUUCGACGCCAUAUCGCACGACAAGAUAGCACACAUACAUUUUGAUGCCACUUUCAACACCUCGUUCCAAAUCCCCCAAGCUGACUCGACGCCGUACCUGCCCAAUGCGCUCGAGCCCCAGAUGCCAGGCCUGUGGCUCACUACGUCCAACGUCGUUUUGGAGGAUGACGAGGCACCAAUGACACAGCACGCCGCCCUGUUGCUUCUUGAAGAUGCCGAGGUGUUGAUCAAGGACCUCGGGGGUGAUGCAUCUGGUAAUGGGGCUGCCAUCGCUUUUUACAUUCGCAACAUCAUACCCACCAAGUCGCUCCUGAAGAUAUCCAAGAAACACAACAUCUCCGCGCACGACAUGGAGUACAUAGCCAGUCACCUGGUAUAUUGGCGACGCGCCCGCCUUAUUGCUCCCUUGUCUCCCCGAGAUACUUAUAUCGUGAGCCCGAACGCUGACAUGACGGUUCUUCCCGCUGCCAUCGCUGUAUACGCACAGCGCUUCCCUACCCUGCCCACGCUACCCAAAGUGCUAAGCAUGCUAUCAGGCACACCCCGGCCGUACAGGAACUUCAUCCCGACGGCCGAGCACCGCGAGGCAUACAUGGAAAUUCUGGCAUGGCUAAUGCGCGGAGGCUGGGUGACACAAUUGCGCACAUUCGCCUGGGGUGCGCGUUCAGACGCGGGCAGCACAAGCAGUCAACGCACAACCAUCGCUUUGAGCUCACUUCAACAACAACAACAACAACAACGCGCAGAGUCUCCCUCGCACAUUGGUCUUCGUGACGUGAAACCACACCGUCCCUCCCCCCUACACUUAAAACCCACUUCGCCCUCUCCCUCCCGCAACAAUUCCCUCAUAUCCCCCACAUCGCCCCUGACCAACCCCACGCCGUCAGACCCCUCGUCCUUCACGCACACCACUAUCCUCUCGCCGCAGAAAGCGUCGUCCCUGGAAGCACGCUGGCUAGACAAGAUUGCCCAGACGUUCGAGGAGUCGUCGUCGUCGGCUGCUGCUGCUGCUGUCAUGUCUACUACUGCUAAUCCCAGUCCUCCCAAACACGCGGAGGGUGCUGCGUUUGGCGGCAUCACGGGCAAGGAAUUGAGGGAGAGCUGGCCGAUGCUGUUGAGGCAUUUGGAUGGGAAACAUGCGAUUGAGGAUGUUUCGGCUAGAGAGGGGAUUAAGCGGAAGAGGGUUGCGGUGCUUUUCAAUGCUGUAAAAGAGAGGGGGUGGCUGGUUGUUGCGAGGCAUUGGUGA